UUCAUGGGAUUCUACAAUCAGUCAGUUUCUGACUGGCCUUCGCAUCGGAAGCAACAAUGAAAUGGUUCGCGCUUUGGCCUAGUUUUGUUAACUCCUGGAAGAGAAUUGAAAUAUUUCUUCCAUUCAUUUGGCCUCGAAGUUUUCAAGUCAAAAUUUACUUUGUUCUUUCUUUUCUUAUUUUGGCAUUGAGUAGUGCUAUAAAUGUGUACACACCUAUAUACAGCAAAAAAAUUGUGGACAGUUUGAUUUCAAACAAUGAUGAAGAAGCAGAUUUUAGAUGGGACCUUGUAUGCAUCUAUUCUUUACUGAAAUAUCUGAGAAGUGUUGAUGAUUUGAAACGAUGUUUUUGGACGAAGGUGGAGCAGAAUUUCUGUAAGGAGAUAGAGAUCCAUGUGUUUCACCACAUUCAAAAGCUAUCAGUGAGAUGGCAUUUGAACAGACAAACCGGUGAGGUCUUACAAAUCAUGAGCAGUAGCAGGCAGAGCAUUACUUAUCUACUGGAUUUGGGUAUUUCAACCCUUAUACCUGGUAUUAUUGACAUAGUUUUCAUAACUGGAUACUUCACAUUCUUAUUUAAUAUUUGGUUCAGCACUUCCCUUUGUCUUUGUCUGAUAUUUUAUUUUGUCUUUCUUAUUGUUGGACGGGAGAAGUUAUCUAAGCAUAGGGAGGAGGAAAUUGAAGCUGCAUAUAAAAUGAAGAACAAGAGCCUUGAUUCCUUGUUGAAUUUCGAAACUGUUAAAUAUUUUGGUAACGAGAAAUAUGAAGUUGAUUCCUUCAAGAAAGCUUUAACUAAGCUCUACGAUGAUGAAUUUACAUCGAUGCUUGUAUCGUUUAUCAAUCGAGCAGUAGAAAACUUCUUUCUGGACGUUAGUGUGAUGAUAGGCACCUUGAUGUGCGUAUACAAAGUGGUUAAAACUAAAAGUUUGACGGUAGGCGAUUAUGUGAUGUUUGGCGAAUAUUUUUUGCAAUUAUAUGGGGUCGUGAACACAUUUGCCUAUAUAUACAGUGUAAUCAGAGAGUUUUUCACGGAAAUAGAAAGUUUGUAUAUACUCCUGACGGAAAAACCAGAAAUCACUGACUGUACUAACGCUAAAUUGUUAGAAAUCACCGGUGGUACAAUAGAUUUCAGGAACGUGUUUUUCGAAUACCAGGAUAAACAACCGAUUUUGAAGAAUAUUUCAUUCAGCGUGCCAUCUGGUCAGACUGUAGCUAUCGUAGGACCAUCUGGUAGUGGAAAAAGUACAAUUGUUAGAUUAAUAUUCAGAUUUUAUGACGUUAUAUCUGGAUCUAUUCUGAUAGAUGGUCAAAAUAUCAAAAGUGUCACUCAAGAGUCUUUGAGGAGAGCUAUAGGUGUGGUACCUCAAGAUACUGUUCUCUUUCAUGAUACUAUAAGGUACAAUAUAGCUUAUGGUGAUCUGAAGGCCAGUGAAAAUGAAAUAGUUGAAGCAGCUAAAGCAGCUGAUAUACAUCGUAGUAUCAUAAAUUUCCGAGAUGGAUAUGAAACAGAGGUUGGUGAGCGUGGAUUACGUUUGAGCGGGGGUGAGAAACAAAGGGUAGCUAUAGCUCGAAUAAUAUUGAAAGCACCUAAAAUUUUUCUCCUGGAUGAAGCUACUAGCGCUUUGGAUACUCAAACAGAAAGACAUAUACAGGAAUCUUUGAGACGUGUUAGUGAAAAUAGGACCACCCUCAUUAUCGCCCAUAGGCUAUCUACCAUUAUACACGCGGAUCAAAUUUUGGUUUUGAAGGAAGGCAUUAUUGUAGAGAGAGGAAGACACGAGGAAUUAUUGGAAAAAAAUGGAUUGUAUGCAUCGAUGUGGCGACAACAGUUGAAAUCUGAAAAUCAGUCAACCAGAACAAUUAUUAUCACAGAAUGAUGUACAAUUUGUUUUUUCGAAUUAAUAUUUCCACAACAGGAUCUUGGUGGGUAUGGCACCCUUUACGACAGCGUGAACAGUGCAUGAGGACCUUUAGAAUGGAGAUCCAAUAAAAAGUUUAUUUAUUCUUCAAUUACUACCUCUGUAAACAAAUAUAAUGCUCAUCCGUCUGAAGUAAAUCGUUUAUUAUGAAAAAAACCACUCGGAAGCUUUCGUAAACGCGAAAUAUAAUCCAUCAAUUUCCGGUUGGCAGAAGUGAUCUGUCGCGCAGACAGCUGAUGACGUAGAUUUUGACAUUUCGUUUUGUUUUUCCUUCACCAGCAGUUUAUCGGAAAGAUUUUUUUCCAUUAUAGUUUAAUUUCCUUUUGAUUUAGUUCGAUUCUGUUCGUUUCAAUAUAAGCAA